AUGUCGCUGACGAUCGUGAGCACGCAGGUCCCCACGGGGGACGCGCCGAUCUGCGACGUGAUGCUGGAGCCGUACAUCGUGAUUAAGGAGGGCGAUGGCCCGGGCACGAGGUGCCAUGUGCCGGACGAGGGCUGCCUGGAGUCCACGUCGCGGUUCCGCCUGAGGUCGAGGUGGUUUAGGGCCAUGAUCCACCGCGGCAGCGCCGUGUGCAACGUGCACCCCGACCGCGAGGCGGCCAUCCAGUGCCUGCUAUGCCUGCGUGCGCACGCGCCAGUGCCGCUGAGCUUCCACUGCGGACCGGAGUGCCUCAAGGAGCACUGGCACCUCCACAGGGACAACUACCACCUCAGGCACUACCAGAAUGGAGGGAUUGAGAAUGGGUACACGUCAAAUGGCUCCAGCUACAGGAACAGCAGCAACCAUGAAGAGUGGGUAGAGGUUGGGCGCACACGAUGUUAUGUACCCACUGUUGACGAUGUGGGAUGUGUGCUGAAGUUUGAGUGCAGCAUUGCUGACACACACAGGCCUUAUUACCAGGAUACAGGAGGCCUCUGUGCAGCCAGCAUUACUGCACGAGUGCGGCCAGCUCCCCAGCCCCCUGUCAGAGCAAUCAUCCCUCUAAGGCACCUUGCGGUUCCCACUCCAGCCAAGUUGCUCCAUGAAGGUCGCUUCACUGUGCUCACGUACAACAUUUUGGCCGAUCUGUAUGCAACGGGUGAUAUGUAUGGAACGUAUUGCCCUGCUUGGGCGCUGUCAUGGCACUACAGGAGGCAGAACAUCAUCAAGGAGCUGGCCUGCUAUCAGGCAGAUGUUGUCUGCCUGCAGGAGGUGCAGAGUGACCAUUAUGAGGACCAUGUGAGAGAAGCAAUGGAAGAGUUGGGAUACAUCGGCGUUUUCAAGAAGAAGACAACAGAGGUGUUCAUUGGAAGGGCACUGGCCAUUGACGGGUGUGCAACAUUCUACAGGAAGGACAGAUUUGCUCUCAUCAAGAAAUACGAGGUGGAAUUCAACAAGGCAGCGAUGUCUACAGCAAAUCACUUUCCUGAGCCUCAAAGAAAUGCAGCACUCAACAGGCUGUCUAAGGACAAUGUGGCCUUGAUUGUCGUUCUUGAGUCUGUCGCGCCCAUGGCAGCACGCCAAAAGCAGCUCAUCUGCGUUGCGAAUACGCACAUACAUUCCAAUCCUGAGCAUUCUGAUGUCAAGCUCUGGCAGGUCCAUACUCUGCUGAAGGGGCUGGAAAAAAUCGCAGCAAGUGCUGAAAUUCCAAUAAUCGUGGCCGGUGACUUCAACAGCGAACCAGGAAGUGCUGCGCACACCCUCAUGGUCACAGGAUCCAUAGACAAGACACAUCCAGUACGUGUGAGCUUGGCUUUUAGCCUUCAUGAUCUGCCAAUUGCAGCACCUAACCACACGGCAUACCUAAUGAUACUCUUGCCUGCAGGCGAUGGUUGCUGA